AUGAACGACCUUGUAAAUCUCGAUUGGGAUGAACCUCAAUCAUCCAAAACCACAACACCUCGCCCAAAGCAGGAUGCUUUCGCUAGCCUUCUCCAGCUCAACUCUCGACCUGCACCAGAAGUCGUCCUGUCAUUAGCUGAACAACAGAGACAACAAGCCCAGAAACAAACUCUUCGUUCAGAACACCAAAGUACCUCAUCUCCAUGGCUUACACCGACCCAAUCGGCCAUCGCUUCUCCAACGCAACAGCCACUUUCUCCAAAACAACUUGUGCCCUCAAAUAGCCCAACGCCUUCCUCCUCUUUCGACAGUUUACUUGAUCCUUUUGCUCGCUCAUCAAAGCAAAAACAAGACAACACAAACACUCCACUCAAUACAUUACGUGCUACGAGCCUUAAAGCUGCCACUACCGAACAAACAGGCCAACAAUGGAACUUUGAUCUUUUUGAUAAAGACGUCCUCCAGAAAAAUAUCUCCCCUAGUACUAGUUACGUUGCAUCCGAUCCGUUUGAUAUGGAUUUUCUUGCUUCUGGGUCUGCCAAUGGAACUAUUCAUCUAGAAUCUUCAGUAGAGCUAGAGGACGACGAGAAUCCACUUGGAAUUUUGGCCAAGCCAGCAGUCCAGAAACGUUCUGUUACUCCAGAGCAGUCCCUGUCGCUUGAACCUGUUUCAGCGGAUAAUGAAGCGGUGUCACAGUAUCAGGAUGAUCAGGAUGAGCAAGAUACACAGGAUGAGCUAUUAGCUCAGUUGAUUGAUAUGGGUUUUGGCGCAGGCGUCUCUCUCGAAGCUCUGAGAGCCAGUGGAGGAAAUGAUCUUCAGGGUGCAAUCGCUCUUUUAGUAACAGAUGCAGAAGUAAACCGUAAUCAACAAAGAUCCACAUCAAGGACAAAUACAAGAUCUUCAACUCCGUCUUAUUCUGAUGCCGAACAAGCACGACAAAAGAUAUUUUCUGAUGAUAACGAUGUCCAGAAAAGCCCAGCACGAAGGGCCACUCGUGAAGUAAAAAGACAGAGUCAAAGAGAAGCAAACACACAGCAGCAGAAUCAGCAACAGCAUAAUGAUGCAUUUCAGCAACACACUGAACGAUUUGUAGCACAAGCAUCCGAGAUUGGUGGCUUCCUAUUUAAAAAUGCUAGUAUGUUUGUCAAGACUGGCCGUGAAAAGAUCACAAAGGCCGUGGAUAAUUGGCAGGAACAGCAGAAAGUACACAGCUCAACAGACACAGGAGGACCAGUGCGCCCACGGUGGAUGACAGACGUUCCUGAGGAUCAAAUUGAAAGAGGUUUUGACGAAAAGCCCUUGGAGAAGUUUGUGGAUGAAGCUGAUUCGGAUGAAGAGACCCAUCCGGAUCCACAGUCACACGCCGAAAGAGAACGAGUGGAAAGAGAGAAGAAUUGGACCAGACAACAAGAGAUACAACGUAGAGAAGAUAUUGAACGCCGAAAGCGAGCACAACAACAACAACAAAAACAGCAGCAGCAGCAAAAACAAAAGCAAAAACAAACAUUAGUUGAUGAUCAAAAUACAUAUCUAUCUCCCUCACGUCGUCGACCUCCACCGAGGGCAAUGUCCCGCCCACAAGAAGAUUCCAGACCAACAACACCAAAACCUGCUCCAACUCAACCAGUAAAAAAAGUACGUACACGACCUGUUGUUCAGGCAACACCCCAAGCUGUGGCAAAAGCCAACCAGGCACGACAAAAGGGAAAUGAACUGUUUAAACUGGGACAAUUUGGCGAUGCGGCACAUGCAUACAGCCAGGCCAUUGAUGCUCUACCUCUGGGUCAUGACCACCUGGCUCUGUUGUCAAACAACAGAGCAGCAGCUCGCUUGAAGAUUGGUGAACACAAGGGGUGUGUUGAAGAUUGUUCAUUAGUUAUUGAGAUGGCUCAGCAAAUGGGUGAUGACCCUAUUACUGAGUCAGAGGGUGUGGCUAUUCGUUGGAAAGAGCAGACUAUCAAAGCCCUCAAUCGCAAGGCUGAGGCAUUUGAGAAUCUCGAAAAGUAUCAAGACGCACUUAAAACCUAUGAAGAUCUGACCAAACUUGAAGGGAAUGGUAGUCUUCAGACCAACCAGGGAAUGGCCAGGUGCCGAAAGGCUCUUGCACCUGUACCCCAGCGCCAGAAUCUUGAGAAGAAAAGACAGCCUUCACCUGCUCCAUCUCGCUCAGUAGACGUCAGGGAAAGUAAGGCAGUGGCAGAUAUGAGGGCCAGAGCUGCUCAGCAAGAAGCGGAUGAUGCGGAGAGACUUGAAAAGACUGACCAGGUUAACGAGAAAUUAUUGGCAUGGAAAUCAGGGAAAGAACAGAAUCUACGCGCACUCUUGGCUACCCUAGAUGCAUUGCUGUGGCCAGGUGCUCAGUGGAAGGGUGCCCAGAUGAGUGAAUUAAUUAAUCCGAAGAAGUGUAAGAUGAUUUAUCUCAGGGCCAUUUCCAAGGUUCACCCAGACAAGCUCCCGUCAACAGUAACCAUUGAACAGCGCAUGCUGGCUAGUGCAAUAUUCUCCACUCUUAAUGAGGCAUGGGAUGCCUUUAGACAGACAAACCCCGUAUAGGUCUUGUAGCCAAUAGAUUAUGAUUUGCAUUAUUUUAAGCAAAACAAAAACGAAAAAAAAAGCAUAACUUAUUUGAAGUAUGAAUUCCUAACCCUUAAUAAAUUUCAUUUAUGUAAUUCUUU